AAACUAUUAUUAAUAUUAUUAUUUUAGAAGCGAAAUAAAAUGUUAACUUGAAGAGAAAGAAAAGAGAGAUACUGAAUAAAAAUCAAAGAGAGUCGCUACAAGCAAAGAAAGUGCUUCGUCCUCCUCUCCUUCCUCAGCGGACUUUCUCCAGAUUCCUUCUCUUCAUUCUUCAAGAUGACUCAAGAUGUGGAGAUGAAAGAGAAAGACCACACAACUCCUUCACAUUCUGUUACCACCGUCGUCCCAUCCACUUUUCAGAAUUUGAAGGAGAUAGCAUCGCUUAUUGAGACCGGUUCGUACACCAAGGAGGUUCGCCGAAUCGGUCGCGCUGUACGGCUCACGAUUUCGUUGAGGCGUAAAUUGACGGCAUCGGUGCUCUCGGCUUUUCUCGAUUUCGCUCUUGUUCCUGGUUCUGAAGCCCAUGCUCGAUUAUCGGUGUAUCUUCCAAAGCAAGAUGAGCAUGAAAUGGAAGUUGACACUGCUACAUCAGUUAGUCAAGCUUCAGGGAAACAUUUACUGCCAGAGCUUGAGAUUUACUGUUACUUGCUCCUGCUACUUUUUCUGAUUGAUCAGAAAAAGUACAACGAGGCUAAAGCUUGUUCAUCAGCAAGCAUUGCUCGGCUUAAGAAUGUGAACAGAAGAACUGUUGAUGUCAUAGCAUCUAGACUGUACUUUUAUUACUCAUAUAGCUAUGAGCUCACGGGUGAGCUUGCUGAAAUUCGCGGCAAUCUACUUGCCUUGCACCGUAUUGCUACAUUGCGCCAUGAUGAGCUGGGCCAGGAAACACUCCUAAACUUGUUACUUCGUAAUUACCUCCACUACAACCUAUAUGAUCAGGCUGAGAAACUGAGGUCUAAGGCACCACGAUUUGAAGCACACUCAAACCAACAGUUCUGUCGAUAUCUCUUUUACCUUGGAAAGAUUCGAACAAUUCAGUUAGAGUACACCGAUGCAAAAGAGUCUCUCCUGCAGGCUGCCCGGAAAGCGCCUCUUGCAGCUAGAGGGUUUCGAAUCCAAUGUAACAAGUGGGCUGUGCUAGUUCGUCUACUGCUGGGAGAAAUACCCGAGAGAACCAUCUUUAUGCAGAAAGGAAUGGAGAAUGCUUUGAAGCCAUACUUUGAGCUUACAAAUGCUGUUCGGAUUGGUGACCUGGAGCUGUUUAGGAAUGUAGCUGAGAAGUUUGCUGACACUUUCAAUGCUGACCGAACACACAAUUUGAUUGUCCGGCUGCGGCAUAAUGUUAUUAGAACUGGUUUACGUAACAUCAACAUCUCCUAUUCCCGCAUCUCACUUGCUGAUGUUGCUAAAAAAUUGAGGUUAAACUCUCAAAACCCCAUUGCUGAUGCUGAGAGCAUUGUGUCGAAGGCUAUUCAUGAUGGAGCAAUUGAUGCCACCUUGGAUCACACAAAUGGGUGGAUGGUAUCAAAGGAAACAGGAGAUAUUUACUCCACAAAUGAGCCUCAAAUUGCUUUCAACUCCCGGAUUGCUUUCUGCCUUAACAUGCACAAUGAAGCAGUUCGGGCCUUGCGAUACCCUCCAAAUACACACAAGGAGAAGGAAAGUGCUGAGAAGAGGAGAGAGAGGCAUCAGCAGGAGCAGGAACUUGCCAAGCACAUUGCUGAAGAAGAUGAUGAUGAUUUUUAAUAAUGUAAUCUAUGGGUCUUUUGCUGUGGCAAGAAACUUGGCCAUUUCUUAUUUUUUGCUUUUGUUUUAGCUUUAUGAAGCCCCAAAAAAUAUUUAAUUUUCUACUAAGAUUACUAUUAUCAUUUUUCUUCCCUCUCUCUCUCUCUGUCUCUCUCGAACAGAGACUUGAACUUUCUUUGUUGAUGAUCCAAUGAUAUUUUAAGCUUGGAAUUUGUUUUCA